AUGGUGGCUUCUCGAGUGAUCUCGAGAAAUUCCUACGUGCAUACGCAGGUCAUUGACGUACCUAAGCCAAAGAUCACCAAUCCGGGAGACGCCAUCAUCAAAGUGACGAGCUCGGCAAUCUGCGGGAGCGAUCUUCAUCUUUACUUGAACGUCAUUCCUGGAAUGGAGAAGAAUGCCGUCAUGGGCCACGAGUUCAUGGGCAUCGUGGAGUCCGUUGGAUCUGACGUCAAGAACAUCAAGCCGGGCGAUAGAGUGGUGUCAAGCUUUGAGAUGGGCUGCGGCCAAUGUUUCUACUGCAAGAGGCAAAUCUACAGCGGCUGCGACUGUACCAACUUCUCUGAGGUGGAGACAAAGCUCUACGGGCACCACACCGCUGGCUUCCAUGGGUACGGAACACUGACCGGGGGGCACCCGGGUGGCCAAGCGCAGUUUGCUCAUGUCCUGUUCGCUGACGUGAACCUGCUGAAGGUUCCCAGCCACCUGUCAGACAGUAAGGUGCUCCUGCUGUCUGACAUCCUCCCCACUGCCUGGCACGCCAACGAGCUUGGAGGUGUCGGCAAGGGGGACAGAGUCGCCAUCUGGGGCGCUGGGCCUGUUGGCAUUCUGGCGGCCCACUGCGCAUUUUUCCGUGGAGCCGAGCGCGUGGUGAUCAUUGAUGAGGUGGCAGACCGGCUGCGGUUUGCCAAGGAGAAGGUCCCCAAAGUGGAGACCCUCAACUUCAAAGAAAAGAAGGUGCCAGAGGCGCUCAAGGAGAUGAUGGGACCGUAUGCCCCGGACGUGUCCAUCGAGGCAGUGGGAAUCCACUACUGCAAGAGCUGGGUGCACAAGUUUGAGAUGGCCACUAUGCUGGAGACGGAUCCCUCUGAGACCCUCAAUGAGAUCAUCUUCUGCACCCGCAAGGGUGGAAGGAUUGGCGUUGUGGGAGCCUAUGCUGGCUUCACCAACCACUACAACAUUGGGGCCUUCAUGGAGAAGGGGCUCACCAUGGCCGCAGGCCAGACACCUGUGCAGAAGUACUGGAAGGACCUGCUGAGGUGGAUUGAGGAGGGCAAGCUCACCCCAGAUAUGGUGAUCACACACGAGCUGCCGCUGAGCAAGGGGCCAGAGGCCUACAAGACCUUCAAUGACAAGACAGGCGGCUGUGUCAAGGUGGUGCUGAAGCCUUGGCUCAUGGAGACUGAGGAGUAA